AAUGCUGGCUGCGGGUGAACUUUUGGAGGCACUGCAGGCUGUGGCAGUUUAAUAGACCCUCCCCAGACCCCUCCCUCCCUCCCUCUGUCCAGGGGACGGGACGCCUGAACCCCGGGACGAUCGAGCCCCCCAGGUCAGGUUUGCAAAGAAGGCGAGACCUGCGGAGGAAGGAGGGUUUUUGCCUGCGGACUGACUGACUCGGGUGUGUGUGUGGUUUUUUUCCAUCAUUUUUGGCUGCAGAACCCGAGAGGCUGGAAGCAAUGAUUUUGUGCGCAUUUGCAAAAGAGCGAGGGGUUGCAAUUUCUUUGUGUGGCUCGGAGGGUUGAUACCUCUGCGUUUUCUCUCCUGGGUGACCAGGUCGCGGUCGGGAAGUGCACAAGGAGGGGGGGAAGAGGAAAGAGAGGGAUAGAGAGAGAAAGAGCGAGGAGGGGAAGGAAGGAAGCAAGUUAACGUUUGCACUGAUUGCACGGACUAUUUAAUCCGCUCAGUUGCCCAUAUUAUGUCCGCACUCCGAAAAAAAUUUGGUGACGAUUACCAAGUAGUAACCACCUUGUCCAGCAGUUCUGGGUUCAAUCAGCCACCCAAGAAAAAGCGGCAGAGGUUCGUGGACAAGAACGGGCGCUGCAAUGUACAACACGGGAACGUGAGCGGCGAGGCGAGCCGCUACAUCUCGGAUUUAUUUACUACUUUGGUCGACUUGAAAUGGCGCUGGAAUAUGUUUAUCUUCAUCUUCACAUACACUGUGGCUUGGCUCUUCAUGGCGACCAUGUGGUGGCUCAUCGCCUACAUCCGAGGCGACCUCAACCGAGCUCACGAUGACAACUACACCCCGUGCGUUGCAAACGUCUACAACUUUCCCUCGGCUUUCCUCUUCUUUAUUGAGACUGAGGCGACCAUCGGAUACGGAUACAGGUACAUCACGGACAAGUGCCCAGAGGGGAUCAUCCUCUUCCUCCUGCAGUCCAUCCUCGGCUCAAUCGUGGAUGCUUUCCUGAUCGGCUGCAUGUUCAUCAAGAUGUCCCAGCCCAAGAAGCGGGCGGAGACCCUCAUGUUCAGCGAGCAUGCGGUGAUCUCCAUGAGAGACGGCAGGCUGACUCUCAUGUUCAGAGUGGGGAAUCUCCGCAAUAGCCACAUGGUGUCCGCACAGAUACGCUGCAAACUGCUCAAAUCCCGGCAGACCCCCGAGGGAGAAUUCUUGCCCCUCGAUCAACUAGAGUUGGACGUUGGAUUUAGCACUGGGGCAGAUCAACUUUUCCUCGUAUCCCCUCUCACUAUCUGCCAUGUGAUUGAUACCAAGAGUCCCUUCUACGACCUCUCCCAGCCAUCAAUGCAGAUGGAGCAGUUCGAGAUAGUUGUUAUCCUUGAAGGCAUCGUCGAAACCACGGGCAUGACAUGCCAAGCGAGAACGUCAUAUACAGAGGAUGAAGUUCUUUGGGGUAACCGUUUUUUCCCAGUUAUUUCUCUGGAAGAAGGAUUCUUUAAAGUAGACUACUCACAAUUUCAUGCAACGUUUGAAAUCCCAACACCGCCCCAUAGUGUGAAAGAACAAGAGGAAAUGCUCUUCAUGUCCUCCCCUUUGAUGGGUCCAGCUAUUAACAACAGCCGAGGCACUUUAUCAGAAAGAAAUAAUUCUGUGGACUGCUUUGAUAGCAUUGAUGACCUUUGCACCAGGAUACCACUGAAACUGCAGAAAAUGACAGGGAGGGAAGACCUACAAAAAAGACUGCUUCGAAUGAGUUCCACCACAUCGGAAAAAGCAUUCAGCAUGAGCGAUUUGCCAAUGAAGCUCCAACGAAUUAGUUCAGUUCCCGGGAAUACUGAUGAAAAACUGGUAUCAAAGUCCAGUAAGGUGACCUGUGAGUCAAUGAACCAGCAAGUGAGUGAACUACCACCAAAGCUACAGAGAAUGGCUGGUGGGUCAAGAAUGGAAGGAAAUUUCCCGCCCAAACUAAGGAAAAUGAAUUCAGAACGUUUUACGUAACUUCAGGAACCUUUUGAUGGACUCUUAUAAUCUAAUUUUUGAUUAAAGACAAUACUGUAAUUUUGAAAGUUUAAUGGGACAAAUAUACUGCAUUUAUUUACAAAACUGGGCAAAGUAUCAUUAGCACUACAUGUAUUAUGAGAUGUUCAUUUAACAGCUGGAGUGAAAUGUAAAGUUUAUUGCUUUGAUACGAAACCUCAGCCAUUUUAAAACCCAUUGUAAUAUUAGCAUCAUCUAGCAUGUAGUAUCACAGAUAGCAUGCAAUAAUAACGUGCAACUUUUGCAUAUAGUUUUAUGGCAUGGUUCAUAAUAAAUUUAUAUUUAUUCAGUGGUAGCAAAUGUAUAAAAUGAGGCUUUGCAAUGUCUCAAAAUGUAUUACAGAAUUGGAUCUUAAAAGUUCGCCAAGGUGUAUUUCUAAAUGAGAGUGGGUAUCUUUUGAAGCUUGAUUUCAUGCUUUAAAUUAAAAUUAUCUUAAAUACAUAUAUCAAAUUGUAAUAUGUUCUCUUGAAACUAGUCCUUUUGAAUGCAUGUUUUGCUUACAGAAUUAGAGAAGGCUACGGGCAAUGUCGAGCACAGAAGGCUCGAGAGAAAAUUUCAGCCUUAAAUAAUCUGGUAUCUUCCUUGUUUUGUGUUUUAUUAGCUUCACAUUUUGUUUUUGGAGUGUAUGUAAACAAAGGGCGGGCCAGUGAGGACAAGGGCAAAUAGAAACAUUAAAUUAUGAUAUCAAGAUUGCACAGCAGGCCUGUGUUUUAUCAUCUCAAAUAAUACUAUUUUACGUCAGCCUGCUUCAUACUCUGAACUGCAUAAUGUCAAAUACUGUAUGUUACCAAACUAGAAACAUCUUCAGGCAUGCUGACUUUAUGUAUAAAUAUAAGUUGAUUCGAACUACUAAGGGACAAUGGGAUACUUGUAUUUAUUCCUAUUGCAGCCUCAGUUUUUAAGCUGAAAACUAUAUUAAAAUUUUCAACUGUAUAUGCUGUUUCA